GAUGGCGAGCCGCGGAGCUGGGGCGGUGACGAUAGCAGCGGUUCCGCCAUUGGACGAGGAGGCCUGAGGGACGGGCCAGCCUGGUGAACAAGGAGAUACCGAGGCGGGUGGCCCCGAGAGAGCGAGGGCAAUGGAGGCUAACAUGCCGAAGCGGAAGGAGCCCGGCAAGUCCCUGCGCAUCAAAGUCAUCUCCAUGGGCAACGCUGAGGUGGGAAAAAGCUGUAUCAUAAAACGUUACUGUGAGAAAAGAUUUGUGUCUAAAUAUCUUGCAACAAUUGGAAUUGACUAUGGAGUCACAAAGGUACAAGUCAGAGACCGAGAAAUCAAAGUGAACAUCUUUGAUAUGGCUGGCCAUCCCUUCUUCUAUGAGGUUCGUAAUGAGUUUUACAAGGAUACACAGGGUGUAAUACUGGUCUAUGAUGUUGGGCAGAAGGACUCCUUUGAUGCCCUUGAUGCUUGGCUGGCAGAGAUGAAACAAGACCUUGGACCUCAUGGAAACAUGGAAAAUAUUGUAUUUGCGGUGUGUGCCAACAAGAUUGACUGUACCAAACACCGCUGUGUAGAUGAAAGCGAAGGGCGUCUCUGGGCCGAAAGCAAAGGGUUCUUGUACUUUGAAACUUCAGCACAAACCGGAGAAGGAAUCAAUGAAAUGUUCCAGACCUUUUACAUAUCCAUAGUUGAUUUAUGUGAAAAUGGCGGGAAACGUCCUAUCACGAAUAGCAGCGCUAGUUUCACCAAAGAACAAGCAGACACCAUUCGCAGAAUUCGAAACAGUAAGGACAGUUGGGACAUGUUGGGAGUCAAACCUGGGGCCUCAAGGGAUGAAGUCAACAAAGCCUAUCGGAAACUCGCUGUGCUGCUUCACCCUGACAAGUGCGUGGCGCCUGGUAGUGAAGAUGCCUUCAAAGCAGUUGUGAAUGCCCGGACAGCCCUCCUGAAAAACAUCAAAUAGGAAGUAAGAGACAAAGACAAGUGUGGGCCUCACGUACAAAGUGACUCUCCCUAGAAGGGAAAUAACCAACGUGGAUUUUUUUUCUCCACAAAAUCCUACUGCUUUUUUCACCCGUGUUGUCAUUUGUAAAUUAGAAAUCGAGGUGCCUGUUACCAUUUCGCAGACAUUUUUCAGAGCGGUGAAGAGAACCGAGCACCCCUUGUACACUGUAGUUCAUUUCAUAUUUCCAGGUAAUCUGAAUUUUUUCCCUUUCAUUUGUAAGCUCUGUAAUUGUAGCAUCCCAUAUGCACUUCACUCAGGAAAGUCCGUGAGGUUUCUGGAGGGAGGAAGGAGGAUAGGAGAACCCUUACACUUUUUCUUUUUCUUUUUUUUUUUAAAUUCAUCAGAGAAGGAAACAACAAAAACAAGGAAACAAUAUCAAAAAACCCCAAAGUUUGGUGGAACCUCACAAGCGAGUCGUUCCUUUUACAAGUUCCUUAGGUGGUAUUUGAACCAUCGUUCGAUCUAUAAUUAAUGAACUCUUGACAGCCCUUUGGAAGUUUGUGAGUUGAGGUGAUACAGUUCUGAGUUGAGCAGCCCUUUCAGCACCUGCAGUCUGGUCCCCUUCUCCAGCCACCAGGGGGAGGGACGAGCUGGUCCUGAGAGAGAAAGGGCCGUGGCAGCCACGAGUUCUGGCUACACUGGCUGCUCCUGGGCUUGGCCCGGAUCUGAGGCCUUUCUUUAGCCAUGGACUUGGGCACUGGUAGUGGUAGGGAGUAUCGUGCACCUAGGAAUCAGGAAUCUGACCCCAAACAGAAGUGCUUGCAGGUCACACUAGAGCUUGUGCACAUAUCCCCAAAGGGCAAGGCCAGAGGCAAGGCCAAAGGGCAAGCCCACCCUGCUGGGGCUUGUCUGAUGCCCGGCAGCGGAGAAGCCCCCCUAUGAGGCUUAUGCCUUUUCUUGUUUCUGCAUUGUCUGCCCCGGAUAGGCAGGAAAGGCAGGGUAGUCCCCCACGAGCCGUGCCUCGUCCUCACUUCCUCAUCUACAUUAGCUCCCCUUCUUCCUCUUCUCUUCCUCUUAUUUAUUUAUUUAUUUUUAAUAUACCAUAUCUGUCAUUUUUCUCUUCUUGAAUCCCUGGCUUUUGGCCACUGCCUCCUCCAGCCUCCCUUACAAGCCUUGACCUUACAGCCCUCCCCAGCAAGUCCUGGUUGACCAGAGACAAGCAUGGGUCCUUGAGGUGGUGGUAGAGGGAGAGAUCUGAAGGCCUGAGUGGAAAGAAUCUCUAAUUUUUGCUUUGGCUCCAUAUUUCUGAAUAGUGAUCAUUUUAAACUACAGAUUAUGAAAACUAGUUUCACAUAGAGAAACACAUUCUCUUGCCAUAGUCUCCUCCUCAGUAUCCAAGGAAUGGAUGAAGAUCAAGUAUAUCGAGACUGACCAUUCUUCCAGAGCUUACCGAACUAGUCUCACUGUUUGACCCAUAUUAUCAUCAAUCUCGGUACGUUACUCAUAUUGUUAGCUGUGACCACCCUGCACUAAUUGGGGCUUUAAGGUACAUAAAAUUUUACUGUCUGUGAAUUUUAAACAACUAUCCCAUAUUGAUCACCAAACAGCAUUUACCUUCUACCUAAGAAGAAAAGCCAGUUUGGUUUAACUCAAGCCCUUUGCAGUCUUCUGGAUUCUUCUCUCCAAAGCAGCUUCACUUUGUGCGGCUGCACUAGGGCUGCAUUGAGCUUGUUGUCUGGAAACCAGAGCAUUGUUUUCUAGUAUGACUUUUCAUCUUGGUGAUAUUGAAAACGCUUCUUUUUUUUACGAAUUGAGUUCGAUAUAUGAUUUCCUGGGGAUUUUGCUCUGGACUUUUAAUUUUAAAUAGCUUCCGGGACUACAGAAUUCCAACCCAAAAUUUUUGCAAAUUUAGAUUUUGCUUAAGGCCUUCAUCAUGCCUAAAGUAAUUAAAUGUAGAUGUAUUCUUGCAACAGAAGUAGAGUCAUGUAAACGAGGGAUUGUGCAUGGUAGUGUCAGCCGACAUUGACGUGACAGCUCAGAGUAUGUGGCCCUGUGUAAAGCCUGUGCCGGGUUCAUCACUGUUACUGAAGACCAGACCGGUCACCUCAUUCAACUACGUUGUGCAGAUGAGCAGAGAGGUCUUGUGCUUCCAUUCCUAGACGAGUGACUUGUUGGAAUUUAGCCUGAUUUUGGUUCUUACGUCUUGGAACUCAGUUCCCAAUACCUUCAUUAUUCAUGUGAAGGGUGGCCGUGAAUGACUUCAUUUAUGUAAAAGAAAGAAGAGAAGAAAGUUAAACUUCAGGGUCCUAGAAUUGGUCCGAGUGCCAUAAUCCUCGAGUAGAAUAUUAAGGGAUAAUAAAGCAUGAUUUGCAAUGCAAAGGUUUUCAACACAAACUUCAUACAAAACUUCGUAGACCUCUGUGCAUUAAUUUAAAUUCUUGGUAUAAACGUGUACUUUAUAGUUCAACUUGAUUAAAGUCCUUCAGCCUUGUUAAUCCUUCAUUUAGGAUUUCAAAAUACAUCGGUGAGAGUAACAAGUAGCAGAAUCAUUCCAUCGGCUAAAAAAAUUUGAUGGAGAAUUUCGUUUUUCAGAAAAGAAUGAAAAGUUUCGAACAGCUCUUAUUAAAGAAAAGCCAUUACCUCCACGUCUGAGUCACCAAGAAUUAACAGUUUUAAAGCUUGUUAGAAAUCCCUUGAGGCCUUUCCAACUAAUUGCCCAUCCUACCUAAGCACUUUAACAUACACCCUCCUGUGUCCCCCUCCUUUUCCCUUUGUGGCUUCUUUUGAAUUGAUGUUCUCAGCUGUCAACACUUUUUUUCACUCCAGCUCAUCAUUUCAUUUCUUCACACAGAUGUGUCCUUGGCUCUGUUAGCCUGUUAGCUUAAAAGUCCAGGCCUAGAGUAUUGUGCUGCUACCCGGGAUAAAUUGCUGUAAUUCUAUAGGUUGCACACUAUUCUUUAAGGCUUACAUUUACCUCAGGAAACUUACCCUAGUAUGUGCUCAUGCAUUGAAUUCUCAACUGGUAAAUAAUUUCUUUAUAUCCAUGAAUAAGCCAGUACCUAGUUCACUGUUAGUUAAAAGAGCCAUAGAUAAGGCAGCUAAGUUUCUGAAAGAAAGCCAGAGUACGUAAGCAGCCCCCAGGAGCCCUGAAUCAGUAGCGCAGUAGCUGCUCCCCAGAGAACAGUGACGGGGGGGGGGGGGGGGAGGUAUUUCAGUCCCAAGUUAGAAAGGGUGGAGCCGUGUGCAGAUUGCCUCUGACAGUGACAGUGACAGUGCCCUUCUCAAAAGUAAUUUCUGUAGGCGCUGGAAUGUCACUCCCUUCUCCGCUGCACUCCAUCUAGCUCACUCUCAGUCUGCCAACGUUUUUGUAAAACUUUGGAAAAUGAGUUUAGCUGCGAAAUAUAGCUACCCACCUUCCCUUGCAAGUUUUGCAAAGUGAAGAAAGGUUCACACUUCUCAUAUUUGGUACUUAGCACAACUGUAAGACAGUAAUGUUUGCACAUUGGUUUUUCCAUUAAACGUCUCUAGAAAAAACACAAAGUUUAAAUUUGUGAUGUGGGUAAGUUAGAUUGUGUCUAACAAGCAGUGCAAUAUUAAGCCGUGCCAAAAAGGCUCUGUUGGUGAAAUGACUUGUUGGCAGGUCGGACGGCGUGGGUUAGUGCCCUGCGUUGAUUUCCCACGGGGCGAUCGUCCCCUCUGACUGUGAAUGCAGAGUCUCUAAAGAAACCCUUUGCUCUUACGAGGUAAUUUACAUAUUUGCUUUCUGUCGAAAUAACUGAAAAUGUUAGAUCCAACAGUUGUUUAUGUCUUGUAUAGAGAGUGUCAUAUGUAUUUAAGUUGUGUAUUUUUAUAAAAUAAAGCCAAAAAUCAAACAUCG